CAGAAGACUUCUAAGAGCCUGGUGUAUGAACCGCGUCCGAGUAGCAGGAGAAGGGAAAAGGGAUAUCCUGCAAGAUUUGCAAACAUAGUUAUCAACUAUCUCUAGUAUCAGGCUCAAAACCCUGCUCUCGAGGGCAGAGCUAUGCCUGUUCUACAGCUGUACCAACCUGCUAACAUGUAUGCUCUGAAUCUUGACCAUGAUUAUGGAACAUCAUCUGAAGAGGCCUUUAUGACCAGAACAAUGCUCCGUGAUAUUUCCACAACUCAACAACUGAAGGUGGAGAUGGAGACAAGGGGUCAGAAUGGUAAUUGCAAGUGGAGGGAGGCUAGAGCACUCAGGAUCACAGCCUCUAAAUUCGGUGAAAUAUGUCGGGCGACAGAGAGAAAGGACCUUACCAAGUUUGCCGAGUCUGUGGUUAAUCUGGUGCAUUUCAGCAGCAAGGCUACUGCUCAUGGAAAUAAAUAUGAAGCCAUAGCUGUUGAGGCAUUUGAACAUAUCAGAGGACGAACAUCGGAAUGUGGUCUUUUCAUCAGCCCUGAUCAUCCUUGGCUUGGUGCCUCUCCAGACCGGAUCUUAGAUGACAAUUCCAUUGUUGAAGUAAAGUGUCCAUUCAAAGCCAAGGAUAUGCUCAUUGAUUCUGUCACCGUGCCUUAUCUCCAACAAGGAGAGAAAGGCCUGGAACUCAAGCCAACACAUAUCUAUCACUAUCAGGUGCAGGGACAGUUGAUGUGCUCUCAACGUACCCUUUGUUACUUCUGUGUGUAUACCCUGAAGGACUUCAAGGUGAUAGAAAUCGAAAGAAAUGACAUUUUCAUUGGGGCAAUGGUUGACAUACUGAGCAAGUUUUUCAAUGACUUCCUAUAUCCUAGGCUUGUGGAAAAGCACGUGUUUCUGGAUUAUGGGAAGUAGUUCCGUUCUACUGAUUUGUGAAUGAUUCAGAGUCAAGUAUUGCAAAAAUUCUAGCACUGUCUACAUAACGUCAUUUUAACAAUAAUGCGUCUGUAAUGUUUCGCGUAACGUAAACUAAGAAAAAAGCGGUUGCUUCAUCUAAUACCAUUGCAUCAUAUAUAUAAGUUUUGCCAUUGGGUGGGCUAUUUAACCAUUGGGUGCUCAGACAAUCUGAUAUAUCAGACGACGUUGGUAUAUAGAUUUAGGGAGUUCUGAUGGCUGCUGUUUAGGAUGCCGGUCUGUCUGAUGUGCCUGUAUGUAAAAUUACUUUGUGAUGCUCUGGUAUUGUUGAUCGAUGAGAGAUUGGAGAGAUAAAUGAUGUAAAU